UUUUGUAUAUCUCCCGUCCCACAUUUACUGAGUAUCGCGGCGGCCACCACCAUUUCCAUUAUAGGUUCUUAUCAUCCAUCCAUCAGGAACUCAAGAGGAGGGAACCUCUUGAAUCUAGUAGCUUUCGCUCGACUGAUCACCCAUCGGGCCAUUCCAGCAAGACUCAUAUCCUUGCCUCCCCAUCGACCUGUAAUUUUUUUAUUUUAAUUAUCAACCUCGAGCUUCAGCUGCUGCUGCUUUGGUCUUGCAACUUCUUCAUUUGACUCCGCCUCUCUCUCCUUAGCACUCCUAUUUCUCCCCAUCCUUAUCUCGCAUGUAGAAUUAUCAAGUACUGUGGGCUGGAAAUUUGCAACUACGAUUCAAAUUACCCUUGAAUAUUUUCUCUGCUUCACACACAUCAAUAAAUAGAUACAUCCUUUCUGUCCGGUGAGGCUCCCACCAAAUAUUCUCAGCAGAAGAAAUCUCACCAGCCUGCUCUCCCUGUCGUUUCUCGAGUCUCUUGAUUUCUCUCUCAAUACAUACACAAUACAUACCUCAACGCCAACCAUUCCCAGUAAUUUGACUAUGAGUGCUCAAAACCCUGCCGCGGCAGAACCGCCGACCUCUAGAGCCCGUCAGUUCAAGGCUACCAAAGGCCACAAGAUGCUGUCCGCUGGAUUCCGGCGCCUCCGGACGAUCUCGGGAGUCUACCAAGGUCGGGCGAGCUCAGAAAUAAUUACCGACGAACAACGACCGCCCGUGCCAGCACUCGAUCGAUCCUCAUCAGAUCAAAACCAAGAACCACAACCUUCGUCAUCUCCGGCGGUGCCCGAUCGCCUACCCCAAAGCGAGUCGGGCAAGGACUCCGCCACAGCUCUACCCGCGCUGUCGCAGCUGAGAGGGAUUUUUUUUGUACCCGAUGCCAAUCAAGACCCAGAUCUUGACCUCGACUCAAGCACUGGCAAGAGCCGCCCUCAAUCCACCGAAAGCCGGACAUCCUCGCGAAGUCCGGCGCUUGAAGACAUUACCAACUCAAACGCCUCCAUUGCUGUCAGCUGGUCCGAGCCGCGCGACGAGGACAGCUUAUCUAGUCCCACCUCUCUAUCAACCUUUGCGGAUAGUUCUACCGGUACCAAUGAUGCCCCAUCCGUGAUAGGCGGGAUAAUGCAACUAAUUUGCCCCGGUAACAAGAUGCUCCAACUGUCGCCCCGGGCCUGUCAGGCAGCUUACCCGCCGAUCGACUUGGAAUCGCCGUACGCUCCGUACGCUCCAACCUCUCCACUUUCGACAACCAGUGUUCGGGAUUCCAAUUCUUCUACUCAUACCCAGAGCGCGCAUAUCAGCACUUUCAAUAUCCGGAUGGGCUUGCGUCAUCUGCCCUCCAUCGUCCCCAAACCAGCGUCCAAGCAUCAGGCACAAUCGCGUGAAAUCACUCAGCAACAGGCAAUCAGCCUAGUUACCAGCACACCAGAUGUUCAACUUGUGCAAUCUGCUUCAUCGCCUAAGAAAAUUUCUCCAAACAGCUCCAACGAGAAGACCGCACCUGCUCUGACCUGCCCCAUCUACGUGAGUGACUCUGAUCAGUGCGGUACGCCGAAAGACGAGUCGUCCAGCAACUUCGCACAACCAACGACCCCGAAAACUGCAGGCUUCAAGGAGAAACUAGGAUGGACCGGAAAGUCGAAGCACCAGCACAGUCGAAGCGCGUCAAUUGCACGCCCAGGGAGCAACAUACCUUUCCCGUGCUCGACUCAUGACGAUAGCGAGAUGGCACCCAAGCAGCGACAUGAACGCAACUACUCCGAGGGCGCCAAGUCGAUGCUCCGUGGUAACUUCAAUCAGAUUUUGACCUUACCAAUCCGACGGAUCCGCACCUCCUCCUCCAUCAGCACAAUCUUCCGAGGGAUCAGGCCCGGUAAAAGUGCUCCCCGUCGCACACCCUCAGAUGCAUCUUUCGAGGCAAGGCCUUUCAGCAUGCGCACAGAAUCUUUCUACGAAAUUCUCGACCCAAGCGCUAUACCCCCUUUCGAUAGCGCUGUGAUACCGCAAUGAUGAUUUCUCCAGGCGCAAAUUCAAUAAUUAUAAACGAAUCUAUACCCUUUAUUAAUGGUUCCUUGCAAUCUAGUGCCAUGUAUCUCUUGAAUUGCCCUACCCCGGUACUGUCGUCCAUCCCUUUUUUUUCGGCCACUUCAUGGCAAUCUCCUAAUUCUAAGUGUAUCCUCUCGUUCAUUUUUUUUGUUUUUUCCAUAUCAUCUAUGCGGGGAAGUCCGGCUUUGUCUAUUCUCUGGUUAUUUCUUACAACGGUCUAUCCAAUAUAUCUUAAUUUGUUUUGUUCGGCCUGUUUUCAAUUCUUGCUCCAGUACUAAAAUCUCCAAUUGGUGAAGCUUAUUCAACAAGUGAACCUAAAGUGUGUAGCUCUCUAUCUUGAGGUCGCUUGCAAAUGAACAGUUUGAUUGAACCAAGCG